AUGUCUCAACCACCAAAAAGAGUCUAUUAUUCUAGGUUAAAAAUUCCAAAUAUUCUACAAACAGUACCAGGUCAACAAACUAUUCCAUUUCACCUAGCAAUAACCUUACCAGUUCGUCCAGUUCGUCCAAUUCGUCUAACAACUGUGUCAGUUUGUUCAACAGCUGUGCAAGCAUAUCCAACAACUAUGCCAAUUCGUCUAACAGCUACACAAGCACGUCCAACAACUGCACAAGUUUUUUAUUCAACAACCAUGCCAACCUGUCAAACUGAAGAAUUAACCAAACAAAGAUAUCCUAAUAUUAGAUUUGAAAAAGAUAACAAUGUGCUUCAGACAUUUAAUGAUAAAUUUGAAAAUGAAAAUGACAAAUUAAUGAUCGAGAACAAAAGAUCAGUAUCACUGAAUGAAACGAAUGCUGAAGAAGCAAGAACUGAGGUGACCAGUCAAAACAAAUUUUUAUACGAAACAGACUGGACAAAUGAAACUAAUGAAGUUAGUCACAAUUUUGAUGCUGAAAUUGAUAUUAAUGAUAGCGGUAAUGAUUAUCUAAUAGACUUUUUAAUAGACGAAAUACGACCUGAAGACUUCAAUGAAGAGGUGAAUCCACGAUUGCAUCUCAA